GAGGAGGGAACCGAAGCAGGAAGGAAGACAGCAGGCUGUGAAUGCUAACAAGCCCGUGGUAAUACUGCUCCGUAGGUAGGCUUUGAUAAUACAUAUUGCAAUGGAGAUGAACAACGACCACUGUUGAAGACCUACUAUGCGCCAGCCGCGUCUCCUCUGUGCGGGUGCAGCAGCCGCCGUCGUCGGUGCGUUUGAUGUGAAAACCGUCUUUUCCACUGAGUGAAAUGUAUCGCGACUGCUUGGGAUUCACAUUCUGACAAUGGAGAUUGAAAAUAUCGUGGCCAACACGGUUCUCCUGAAGGCAAGAGAAGGUGGUGGAGGGAAAAGGAAUGGCCGGAGUAAGAAGUGGAAGGAGAUGCUCAAACUUCCUCACAUCAGCCAAUGUGAGGAGCUACGUCGCACUAUCGAGAGGGACUACACCAGUUUAUGUGAGAAGCAGCCCAUUGGCCGGCUGUUGUUUCGUCAGUACUGUGACACGAGGCCAGAGCUCAAACGCUGCAUUGAGUUCAUGGAUGCUGUGGCCAUGUACCAACUGGCCCCUGAUGAGAAGAGGAGGGACUGCGGACUGAAUGUUUUAGACACAUACUUUAAUAAUGGGUCAGCGGCCCAUUUGCCCGACAUACCGCAGGACGUAGUGGCUGCAUGCCGGGAGAGAUUGGAGCAGAGUCCGUGUAAGGAGCUCUUCAAUGACUGCACCAAAAUAGUUCGUGAUUAUUUGAGUGGAGCUCCAUUUUCCUCUUACCAGGAGUCCAUGUACUUCUCUCGCUUCCUGCAGUGGAAAUGGUUGGAAAGGCAACCAGUAACCAAAAAUACCUUCAGACAUUAUAGAGUACUAGGAAAAGGUGGCUUUGGUGAGGUUUGUGCCUGCCAAGUGCGUGCCACUGGUAAGAUGUAUGCUUGCAAAAAGCUGGAGAAGAAACGAGUGAAGAAAAGAAAAGGGGAAGCAAUGGCAUUAAAUGAAAAACGCAUUUUAGAAAAAGUCAACAGUAGUUUUGUAGUUAGUCUAGCCUAUGCCUAUGAGACCAAGGAUGCGCUGUGCCUGGUGUUAACCAUAAUGAAUGGUGGUGACCUGAAGUUUCACAUCUAUAACAUGGGGAACUCUGGUUUUGAUGAGCAGCGGGCCAUUUUCUAUGCCGCUGAGAUCUGCUGUGGCCUCGAGGACCUGCACCGUGAGCGGAUAGUUUACAGGGACUUGAAACCAGAGAACAUCCUUCUUGAUGAUCGUGGUCAUAUUCGUAUCUCUGACUUGGGGCUCGCAGUUCAAAUCCCAGAAGGGGAGACGAUACGAGGGAGAGUUGGCACUGUUGGAUACAUGGCUCCAGAGGUGAUCCAAAAUGAGAGCUACACCUUCAGUCCGGACUGGUGGGGCCUGGGAUGUUUGAUCUUUGAGAUGAUCCAGGGCCAGUCGCCAUUCCGAAAGCGCAAAGAACGUGUCAAAAGGGAAGAAGUGGAUAGACGAGUGCGCGAAGACCAGGAGGAAUAUUCCGAUAAGUUUUCUGAAGAUGCAAAGGACAUCUGCAGACAGCUCUUGGCUAAAGACCCCAAGGAGCGGCUCGGUUGUCAGGGUCAAGGGGCCUCAGAGGUGAAGCAGCACCCCAUCUUCAGGAACAUCAACUUCAAACGACUGGAGGCCAACAUGCUGGACCCUCCCUUCAUUCCAGAUCCGCGAGCCGUUUAUUGUAAAGAUGUCCUGGACAUUGAACAGUUUUCUACUGUUAAAGGUGUGAACCUUGACCCCACUGACGACGAUUUUUAUCACAAGUUUGUCACAGGCAGUGUCUCCAUCCCCUGGCAAAAUGAGAUGAUAGAGAUGGAGUGCUUCAAAGAAAUUAAUGUUUAUGAAACUGAUGGGGUGCUGUGCGCGGAUUUGGAUGUGAACAGACCCAACCCUCCACCAAAGAGAGGCUUCUUCUAUCGCCUGUUCAGAAGAGAGGUCUGUUUUAAAGGGGGCUAUAGUGAAGAUGAGACCGAGGAGCCCUCACGACUCUAAACCACUCCUUCCACUUGCCUCAUCCCCUUCACGCCGCUGAACAUCACAUCAAACUCCAACCGAGCGCAGAUUUAGGAACUCAGUGAAUGUUGACCUGUAUUUAUGAGCUGUAUUAAAAGUGUAUUAUAAUUAAAGAAAAAAGUAUGAGUUUAAAGAUUUUGUACAUUUGUACUUGAAUUUAUGUCUAGAUGUAUAUUUUCACUAAAGGUUGUAUUGUACAAAAAGCCAUAAAAGUACCACUUGAAUGCAUACAUUUUAUUUUUUCCUUUUUAUUUUUAUUGGAACGAGUAUGGACAAUAUGUAUUGGGAUUUUUUAAGCACAGUACUAGUAGUCAUUUUAUUUUCCCAAUGUAGCAUACAGCUUUUUUUGUAUGCGCUUUUUGUCUCAUUAAUUUGCAUUGGGCUGUGUAAUUUGUUUUUGGAAAAUUUGAUACACAAAGUCCUAUUUUUAUCCCCUUAUAGGCUCAGGUAGUGUUAAAUGAAGCUUGUAGACCCAGGUGAAAAGGGAUCAAAUGUGUAAAUUCUUUAAAAACAGAAUAUAUGAAUCCAGUGAUGGUUUCAAUAAUGAGGCUUAUUGUAAAUCUAUUUAGAUUGUGAUGCUCUCCACAAAGGCAGACUGUAGAUGUGUGAACACUGAUCUCUUGACCUCUAGCUUAGGCAAAACUUUUCCUGUGUCACAAUAAUGAUAAUUAUUUGGAUUUUGGGAACCAAUGAUUGUUGCAUGGUAUUUCAGACCUAUUGCAAGUAAAGGUGUUUCAAUCUGCCCAUUUUUUUUUCCAACAAAUGAAUCUGCUCACAGCCUGAUUUAAAUGGUUUGAUAUAUAUCCCCUUAUGCCGCUAGUUGAUAUUAAGUUUUUACCUGUGGCUUUAACUAUGUUUAUUUUAAAUAGUUAUUUUCACGUAAUCGCACCAUUGAUCCUAAACCUUGUUCUCUAUAGGACUGACUUGAGGCUUAGGUAAAGUGUAGAAUGGGAGUAGAUUUAACAUCUGUGUACAGGAAAACUCAACCACUUCAAAUCCCUAUAUUUUGUGCACUUUUCUUUUGUUUUGGUUUUUUUAACAUGGAAAUGGAUUUUCAUGUAUUUUUUAUUAGUCAGUUCCCAAAUUUCAAGAUUUAUUUUAAUUAUUUGACUUUUGACACAGGCAUUUAUGCUUUAAAUCAUGCUUAAAGGCAGUCACUGUUUACGCCACACCAAUACUGUGAAUACCCGAUUUGGAUACAUUUGCUUUGUGUAUGUAUAGAUGAAUUGUAUAAAAUGCAGCUUUUGUUAA